AUGUCCUCCUCAAGGGUAAACCUAGAAAAAUAUCGAAUUCCACUAGCGGAGAUCAUUCAAGCCACAAAACACUUCAGUUCAGAAACUCUGGUCGGAGAUGGUGGAUUUACUAUGGUCUACAGAGGACAACUCUCUAACCACUGGGAAAACCAGCAAGUAGCUAUCAAACAACUUAAUGUUGAAGGUUCUCAAGGAAAUAAUAAAGAGUUCCAUAAUGAAGUCAAGUUGGUUUCAAGUUUCAACCAUCCAAACAUUAUCCUGUUUGUUGGCUACUGUGACGAUGCAAAUGAGAAAAUUAUAGUUUGCAAGUAUGCUACUAACAGAAGCCUUGAUUAUCACCUCAAUGACCCAGAUAGGAGGAGUCGCCUAACAUGGGAACAACGCCUGAAGAUAUGCUUGGGGGCAGCAAGAGGAGUCAAUUACCUUCAUUCUGGUCUUGGGAAGCACUGCAGAGUAAUUCAUACAGAUUUUAAAAGCGAAAAUGUUUUGUUAGAUGAAAAUAUGGAAGCCAAAAUAGGUGAUUUUGGUUUGUCAAGAUUUUGUCCAAGAAAUCAGCAAGAUACCCAUGUCCGUACAAGGCCUUGUGGUACAAGGUGUUACAUUGAUCCGGUUAACAACGAAAGAGGUAGGCUCUCUAAAGAGUGCGACAUAUACUCAUUUGGAGUGGUAAUGUUUGAAGUGUCGAGUGGGAUGAUGGCUUAUAAGCUAAGGCCCUUAAAAGAUACGAAUGAACUGUUUCUAAUCGACAUAGUCCGAAGCUACUAUGACGAUCAUGGACUCGUUAACGGACUUGACAGGUUAAAAGAUCCCACUAUCAAAGAUCAGAUUGAUAUGAGAUAUUUUCAUAAAUUUAACGAAAUUGCACAUGAGUGCAUUAACAUGGACAGAAAGAAACGCCCCACCAUGGAUAAGAUCAUCAAGGCGAUUGAGGAAGCAUUAGAUUUCCAAAAAAAUUACUAUAUUUAUCUUUUUCAGUCAAAAUAA